AUGGAUUAUUUAGAUGUUGUAACUGAUGUCAUUCCUCUCUCCAUGGUUCCAAGACACGUUCCUACUAAAAGAAGGGCUAGAACACAUACUGGGAAAAAGGUUAGGCCUUCAACUGUAAGUAAAUCUUCUAACCCCUAUGGGUCGGUUCAAAUUCUUUCUAGUGAGAUUAGGAAUAUUGAUCCCUCUGUUGCUGUCAAGAAACCUCACUAUAUGAAUAACUUAUAUCUUGGUCCGAUUAAAACCACGAAUGUCGAACCUGAUGUUGUUGCAUCGGCUAAAGGUUCUAUUGUUCCAAAAGCAGUGGGUAGUGUUGAAUCAACUGAAAAACCAGAGUUUGAAAAACCAGAAUCUGACUCUGGUAUUGUAAGUAUAGAUAACCCUAGAUCUGAUAAAACCCUAGGUCAAUCUAGUAUAAAUGAUGCUGAUAAAAAUAUUGUUGAUAAAAUUAUUAGUGUGUUAAUCUCUCAAAUUUUGGGUAUUGAAUCUAAUUCGGAUGUUGUAUCGGAUGUCACGACAUCCUUGGCCCAAACUGAUCAUUCUAUUGAAACCCUUCCUGAAAAAUAUGAUGGAAAGUCUAAUAGUGAGUCUGUUAUAGUUAAGUCCCCUAAAAAAUAUAAAGAGAAAGAUGAUUCUAAUUGUAUGUUUGUUGAUAUAUCUGAUAAAGAAGAGAAUGUUGGUGUGAAGAAGGAUCAAUCUACAUACAUUGUAAAUGUAGAAGAUCUGGACUCUGAUGAUGAGUCCAUUGGUAAGAGAUUGGCUAUAGGGGUAGCUAAGAGGUUAAAGAGUAGAAAAGGGAAGGUUGUUAAGUCUAUAAGCAAGUAUCCCAAGGCUCCUAAUAAAAGUACAAGUGUUGGUCCUGCUAAAAGGUGGAGCAAGGUUGUAACCAUUGCCACCAAGAAAAGAUCUCUAAAGAGGAAGAAAGUCCCCUAUAGUUCUAGUGACUAUGAUUAUGAUGUCGAACAAAAUGUUCAAUACAUCAUGCCUCUAAAGAAAUCUAGUGGGAAAAAGGUCCCUAUUAAUGUGCCUGAAGUUCCCAUUGACAACAUCUAUUUUGACUCUGUUGAGAAUGUUGAAAAAUGGAAGUUUGUGUACCAAAGGAGGUUGGCUUUGGAAAGGGAACUUGGCAAGGAUGCCUUUGAGUGCAAAGAAGUGAUGGAUCUGAUUAAAGAAGUUGGGUUGAUGAAAAGUGUGUCUGGUUUUGGCAAGUGUUAUAAGAUGCUUGUAAAAGAGUUCAUUGUGAAUAUUUCUAAUAAGUGUGAUAACAAAAGGAGUAAGGAGUUCAAAAAAGUGUAUGUGAGAUGA